CAACCCACCACUUUCAUUUUGCAUUCACAGUUCUCUCUAUUUUCUCAGAAGUUGGGCUACCAUUUCAAUUCGAUUCUAUUUAAUUCAAUUCAAUUCAAAACAUCAAACCCAAUUAUAUUUCCAAUCCUUUCAUUAAUUUGCCUUCAUCUUCUUCAUUGCUACCCUUUUCACUUCCAGUGGGGAAGAAAUUCCAAAAGAUAAAUUGUCGGAUGGGCAUAUCAUUUUCAGUUUCAUGUCCAUUUUCCAACGAUUUAGAAAGUGGGUUGCAAUCCAUCAUUGUCAAAUCUGUAAGUUUAGGUGAUGAUGAAGUCAAGACACCUAAAAGGUCAAUUAGUUUCAAAGCUCAAGACGAUUCUGAGCCAUUGAUUCUUAAAAAGUCCUUUAAUGGUGGUGGUUCUUCUGGUAAAAUGAUUGUUGAAGGAUCUAUCAGCUUUAAACAAAGAGAAUCCAACACAUUGAUCUCCAUUACCCCUAACCCUAACCCUAACCCUUCUUCUUCCUUAGAAGAGGAUUUGGAGUUGGAUUACCAGUUACUGAAAUCGAGUAAUGUGUCUGCACAUUUUGGCAGUCCUAAAGAUGAGGCUGCAGUUAAGUUGCAGAAAGUUUAUAAAAGCUUCAGAACAAGGAGGAAGUUAGCAGAUUGUGCUGUACUUGUUGAGCAAAGUUGGUGGAAACUGUUGGAUUUUGCUGAGUUAAAACAUAGUUCUAUAUCUUUUUUCGAUAUGGAACAUCAUGAAACUGCUAUUUCACGUUGGUCUAGAGCUAAAACAAGAGCUGCUAAAGUUGGUAAAGGUUUGUCCAAGAAUGGCAAAGCUCAGAAACUCGCAUUACAGCAUUGGUUAGAAGCUAUUGACCCACGACAUCGGUAUGGACACAAUCUUCACUUCUAUUAUACCAAAUGGCUUGAGUCUCAGAGUAGAGAACCCUUCUUUUACUGGCUUGAUAUUGGUGAAGGGAAAGAGGUGAAUACAGAAAGAUGUUCAAGGUUGAAACUUCAGCAACAAUGCAUCAAAUAUCUUGGCCCGAUGGAAAGAAUGGCAUAUGAAGUAACCAUUGAGAACGGAAAGUUUGUCCACAAAGAAACCGGUGAACUCCUUGACACCUCAUCUGAGCCGAAUGCUAAAUGGAUAUUCGUGUUGAGUACAUCGAAAAACUUGUAUGUUGGAAAGAAGAAGAAAGGCACAUUUCAGCACUCUAGCUUCUUGGCUGGUGGUGCUACAUUGGCUGCUGGGAGACUAGUUGUUGAGAAUGGUGUUUUACAGGCAGUAUGGCCUCACAGUGGUCAUUAUAGGCCGACUCCUGAAAAUUUUCAAGAGUUUAUCUCCUUCCUUAAAGAAUAUAAUGUUGAUCUUACUGAUGUUAAGUUGGAUCCAGUUGAUGAGGAUGAACAACAGUUAGGGAAGCAAAGGAGUAGUCUUCAUUUGAGAAACAACUCAGAGGAAGAAGUUGUGGUUGAAGAUGCAGUUGAAAACAACAACUGUGUCAAUAUGGAUGCAGAAAAACCUGAUGUAUUAGAACAGGAGAAUGCAGUAGCUGCAGUUACAGUUGAUCAUCCUACUCGAAACUAUUCUUCCCGGUUCAGUAGUAAAUUAACCAACCUUGAAAUACCUAGAAGAGAUGAGUUGCUUCUGACAAUGCAGAGUGAACACCUAGCUACUACUACUACUACCAAACUUAGUGUAGAUAAUUUAGUUGAGGAUAAUGGUUAUGAUUCAGCUUCAGAAGAAGGAUCAGCAACUGAACAGGAUGAACUAACUGAAUCACAACGUAUUUUGGUGGAAGAAGAUGAAGAAGAAGUUAUCCCGGCAGAAACAAUCUUGCAGAGAAUAAACUCGCAUAAAGAAAUGAAGUCUUAUCAGCUCGGGAAGCAACUUUCGUGUAGAUGGACAACAGGAGCAGGUCCGAGGAUAGGGUGUGUAAGAGAUUACCCAUCCGGACUUCAAUUCCGGGCUUUAGAACAAGUGAAUUUGUCUCCAAGAAGUUCUUGUGCAAUAAUGGGAAGAUCAUUGUUUUCACCCGGGUGUGGAAGUUCAAAGUCAUCAACACCGAUAGCCAUAGUAUCGAGAAGUGUUGGGCACUGCAGAGUGCAAUUGUCACCUCUGUGCAAAGGAGGAGGAAAACGUACAUUGUAGUAGCAGAUGUCAGUAGAAAAUAUUAGGAGGAGGUAGUAGCAGACUGACUAAACAACAACAUUAUUCUUUGUUUCAUUCUUUCUGUACCCUUUUGUGUAUAGAAGAUAAGUAGAUUGGUAACUUUAGGCAUUCUUUUCAUUUUUUUUUUACAUCGAGUCUUAUACACAUUUAUCGUUCAUCUUUUGAACCCGGAUGACAAUUUUUGUAGAAUCUAUUGGGUUGAUAGUUUGAUACCAUACUUAUACUGGUGCAGAAUGUAAAGGAUUGAAAAGAAUAUAUAAAAACAGAUCAUUUCUCAGUUA